UCAAUACAGUAGUCAUUUAAUUAAUAAAAAUUUGCAAUAUUUAAAAUUCAGUAUGAACCGCAAACAUUUCUUUUUAUGUUCUAUGAUUGUAAUUUUUAAAACAGUGUCAGGAGAUUUUAUAAGAGUGAUGGACAGACCAAAUCUUGCAGCCGGAAAAUAUAAAUUAGUAUUUAAAGCAGUCUUUCCUUGUAAUAGAAAUAAUACUUAUCCUAUAAAUUUAAAUUGGUAUUUAUCAAAAGUUACUGCAACAAAGACCGUAUUAAGGGGAAACACUACAGCCUACAUUGGAUUUGAUGAAAAUAUAUAUUUCAAUAUAAAUAUGGCUAUUUGGUCAAAAAUUGGUGGAUGGGUAGACAAUGCAUUUGUCUAUCAAAACAAAGAUGCAUGUUCUACUUUAAAAAUGUUUAUGGGGAAAGUAUGGAAUGAUUUUUGUACAAAAGGGAACUUUAAAGGUUGCCCGAUACUACCAGGGAUUUAUAUAAUGGAUGGAUUUGAUUUGUCAUUAAUUGAACAAUCUAAUUUCCCAAAGGAGUUUUUUUACGGAACUUACAAGUUUAAGUUAUUUUACACAAAUAAAAAUAAUGAGACGGUUGGUUGUCUGUAUUUAGUAAUGGAUAUAAAAAGACCAUGGGAAUAG